AUGUCGCCGCUCCGCGUCUGCAUCGUCGGCUCGGGGAACUGGGGAUCAGCCAUAGCAAGAAUCAUUGGCAAAAAUGUCCAGAAUUCCAACAGAUUUUAUCCCACUGUCAAGAUGUGGGUGUUUGAAGAGAUCAUCAAUGGAAGAAAACUCUCAGAAAUCAUCAACCAGGAACAUGAAAAUGUUAAAUAUCUGCCUGGAUACAAGAUACCCCACAAUCAAUUUAUUGGACGAAUCUGUGAGCAGAUUGCAGGACAGAUAAAACCUGGGACAUUUGGGAUUUCCCUGAUCAAGGGGAUUGAUGAGGGUCCUGAUGGCCUGAAGCUCAUCUCUGACCUCAUUCGAGAGCAACUGAAAAUAGAGAUCAGUGUGCUGAUGGGGGCCAAUAUAGCCAAAGAAGUGGCUGAUGAGAAGUUCUGUGAAACCACCAUUGGUUGCAAAAACGAAACACAAGGUGAAAUCUUUAAAGAAUUAAUGCAGACCCCCAAUUUCAGGAUUACUGUGGUGCUUGACUCCGAUACAGUGGAGCUUUGUGGAGCCUUAAAAAACAUCGUGGCGGUGGGCGCAGGGUUCUGCGAUGGACUGAGUUUCGGGGACAACACCAAGGCAGCAGUGAUACGCCUGGGCCUCAUGGAGAUGGUGGCCUUUGCCAAGAUGUUCUGCAAGGGACCAGUAUCAACGGCCACCUUUUUGGAAAGCUGUGGGGUUGCUGAUCUCAUCACCACCUGCUACGGGGGACGCAACAGAAAAGUAGCGGAAGCCUUCGCUCGCACAGGAAAAUCCAUUGAGGAGCUGGAAAAUGAGAUGCUGAAUGGACAAAAGCUGCAAGGUCCUCAGACCUCAGCUGAAGUCUACAAAAUUCUGAAACAGAAAAAUAUGCUCCAUAAGUUUCCAUUAUUUACAACCAUCUACAAGAUCUGCUACGAGGGUCGAUCUAUCCAGGAUUUCAUCAUGUGCCUGCAGAACCACCCAGAGCACAUGUAG